CUACUAUUAGGCUAGUGUUUAUAAGCUGUGUCUGAUUACAAACAGACCAUUCGAACCAUUCAACAUGUUGUGUCUACUGAUCUUCAUUUUAAGCCUCAUAAACAGAGCUUUUUCAGAUAUUGCGGCACAAGGAGACACAGCUGUUGAGUUCGGUCAAGAUGCUUCGUUCUCUUGUGCGCUGUCUGAUGGGUCUGGUGUCAAACAAGUCACGUGGCAGCGGGUGCGCAACACGGAACCGGUACAAACUCUGGCUACAUACAGCGACCUCUUCAAGAAACAUGUGGAUGACCAGUAUGUCGGAAAAGUCCAUUUCACAGCAGCGUCAGUUAAUUCAACGUCCAUUGAGAUCAAAAAGACAACAUUCGAAGACGAGGCUUGCUACAUUUGUUCCUUCAAAGUGUAUCCAUUCCAGCCUAAACGACAAACCUUGUGCCUCACUGUUAAUGGUAUAUCAGAAAUAACAGCGUCAGUGAAUCCUGCUCCUAGUUCUGAUCCAGAUGUUGUAGUAUCAUGUUCAGCCACUGGUAAACCGGCUCCAGCUAUCCUCUGGAAAUCUGCAGAGAAAGAGUUGAACAACGAUUGGUCAAGUAAUUUCACAACUCUCAACAUGGACAGUUCAACCACCAUUACAAGCAACCUCACGCUUCCACUGUCACAGUUUCAUGGGAAGUACGUGGAAUGUGUGGCUCAGAGUGACGGCAUAGAGAAGAGCGUCCAAAUCUAUGUGCCUGAUGAAGAUUACAAAGUGAAAAACAGUCCAAGAAGUUACAUCGUUACAGUUUCAGUCCUCAUUAUCAUGACUGUUGUGGUUCUUGUCAUUAUUGCCAUCUGUCUUCACACCAGACUAAAGAGAGCUAUGUUUAGGAUUAAAUCUACUUAUGAGGAACCCCUUAAUGCCCCAAACGAGGAAUGUUAACUUCGCUGCUACCUCAUAGUAUGGAUUUUUGCCCAUGAUCUUUGAAUCUCUUUGAUCUAUGAACUUUUUGGUUCUAAACUAUGUAUUAAUAUUCCUAAGGAAUCAUAAAUGUCUUGUAGUAUUUAUUUAAUUCAUUUGUUUACUGUGUAGUAUUCCAUUACAAUAACUGUACAGUAAUUGUACAGUUAAAUAUAUAAUAUUAUUACCACUAUAAUGGAGGAUUUUGAUCAUAGAGAAUUAUUAUAUUUAUUCUGUAACUUUUUUAGGCUCAUAUAUUUGCACUUUAUGACUCAUUUGAAUGUACUGGCAUGAAUUAAAUAGUUUUAAUCGUGUCUACUUUUGGAGUUUAGUCUGUGACAGUAAUUUAUAAAUUCAUAAAAUAUAGGCUCUCUACUAUUCUUAAUAUUUUUACCCACAAUCCUUAAUGCCAAACAUCAUAGUGGUACAGUAAUUUGUAAGAAAUAGCAUUAUUACCCAAUACAAACAGAUAUGCUAAAGGCGGCAAAACCUAGUUUUAAGCCGUGCAAAACAAAAUUAAUGUUAUAUCAUUAAUGGACACAGAAGCUGCUUUUUUGUUUUCCUGCAUGAAACUCUAAAGGCUGCAAAGAGAGACAUCUGCCAUUCACUGUAAAAAAUGACUGUGAUUUUAAUGGUGGAAAAUGCUACAGUACAAACCUGUUAAAUGGUUAACGGUAAUUUCCCUACCGUAAACUGACGUUCCCAGAAUUCUGUGCGUUUCAUUUAAAAUUUUGUUUGAAUUUGAUGUUUUUUUUUUCUUUGAAAACAACAAAGUUUCUUCUUAUUUUUUUUCUUAUCUGUUAUGUUUGUUAGGGUUGUACAUUACAUAUAAUGUUGUUAAAUUAACGUUUAUUGCAUAUUUCAGUUUAAUGAGUUUCACCAUGAUGGUGUUUCAUGCUUGUGUGAAUGACACUUUGCACCUUCUAUUUAUCUUAUCAUUCAAAAGCUGCUUGUGAUAGGCUUUGUUUCAUCACGUGACUUCCUCAUCACCACCUGCUUUUGGUGGUUACCAGUGUACUACAAAGGUACAAAAAAUAUUUCAGUACUUCAAUAAGUUGGUAAAAUAACAUUAUAUCAGUUAAAUUACGUUAUGAAACUGUAAAUU